GACAGCAGCCGGUCAUGUUGUCUAUACUGGAGGCAGCAUUUCACCUCCCGUCGUCAACAAAGUGAGACCUAAAUAAAAAAAAAUAAAAAAAUUAAAAACAACACCUUCAAUCAUUUUGCGACAGUUUUAUCAGGAUGGAGGUGGAUGAAGACCUGGAAGGAGGUCUUCUCCGUCAAUUUAACUGUAUGUUAACCACUGACAAGGAAGUUCUGAUAAAGGAGUUACAAACAUUAGUUGGUGCGCAUCUUAAUGAACAUUCUGCUCGGUUUUAUCUGGAAAUGACAGACUGGAACUUACAAGCAGCAGUUUGUGCCUAUUUUGAUCUUCAGUCAUUCAACAAGCUUCCACAGAUGACUUUUGUUAAAGAUAUUACUAUUGGGGAAGGGGAGAGCGUGCCACCUAGUACAAGAUUCAUAAAAACGUGGCGUAUCCAGAAUACGGGUGAAGAUGGUUGGCCAAGUGGUUGUAGCCUAAUAUUUACUGGUGGGGAACAACUUGGUGCUCCAUCACAUAUUUCUGUUUCAUCUCUUGGAGCUGGAGAAGUUGCUGAUAUUUCAGUAGAGAUGAUGUCUCCUGCGCAAACUGGUUUAUAUUCUUCUAAAUGGCGGAUGUCUACUGCUCAAGGAAAUUUUUUUGGAGAUACAAUAUGGGUGAAAGUGCAAGUUUUUCAGGGGCACAUUACUUUUAAAGCAACAGAUGCCUACUUAAAGAUUUGUUUGAUGUCCACUUGGAGAUUUGCCAUGUCUUUGAUGGAUGACAUUGUCAUGCAAAUUCAGAUGUCUCCUGCAAAAGAAGACAUGGCACUGUGGCUUGCAUUUCUGUCUAUGUCAAAUCUUGAGAUCCCCAGCCCAUCUCAGGACGGACCACCUCAAGUCCCACACCCAAGCAACCACUCUGCAACUGGCAUCUCUCACUAUCUUUCUGAUCAUAGUAUCAGCAAGGCACUCCUGCACCAUGUUAGUCAAAAUAUUUCCUUUAAUGUGCUUGAGAGUGGUGCGUGUAUCGUCAUGGGACGAACUGCUGGCCAGGCUCACAAUCUUACCCUCCUUACCUCCAGAGAUGAUAUUCUUGUCACAAUUUGA